AUGGGAUUCGUCACAGACACUCAGAUUCUCUACGCGGACCUGUUGACGGGAUAUCUUUCGCACUGGGAGCUCCAGGAGAGGUUGGUAGCCAUCGAGUCCGUAUUUGAGGAGGAUCCGAUAGAGGCUAGAGCCGAGGAUGAGGACGAGGAGAAGCCGAUGGAGGAUCCGAUAGAGGCUAGAGCCGAGGAUGAGGACGAGGAGGAGCCGAUGGAGGAUCCGGUAGAGGCUAGGGCCGAGGAGGAUCGCGAGAGUAAAGUGGACACUGAUGAGAAGAUGUCUGAGCUUUUCUGCGCCGGUUUGAGGCAGGACAUUAGGGUAGUGUUGGCAAGUCAGGCCGCACUGUCAUACACUGAGGCUUUGAAUCGAGCCUUAGAUAUGGAGUUGGCUAUGCAGCCAGAGAAAGUACUGCAAGCACCUGCGCCGCCGUUGACUCAGACAAAAAUAUCUGGAGGACAACAGACUGUGCCUCCAGCACAGAGUGGAAAAAGAAAAUGGCAAGGACAAGGCCAGCAACAACAGGGUAAACAGCAAUACCUUGGACAGUCGUCAGGACAACAGAUGACGCCGCCGUGUGCCAAGUGCAACAAGAUGCACUUGGGGGUUUGUAAAGCUGGAUCUAAUAGUUGCUUCCACUGUGGACAAGCUGGUCAUUACUUGUCGCACUGCCCGAGUAAAUAA